AUGUACUGCAGUAGUACCUCAUCGCCAACUGCUGAUACUACUCUGAAUAAUAACAACAACAGUUCAGUGGAAGACGAAAGCACUAAGAGACGAUAUUUCAGAGAUAUACCGAUCGUUAAAUUUCCAACAGAUUAUGUGCAACGGAAUGAUGUUUACAUGUACACUGAAGAUAUAUCCUACUUUUUGGGAGGUAUAAUUCCUGCUUCCGAUAUUGAAAGUUUAUUUGAGGAAUUUAGAAAAAUUUGUCCCAAGAAGAUUAAACACGAGCAACAAGAAGUUGUAACUUUUAAAUAUAAAAAGCAGAGUAAAAAGAGGAAGAAAAAGAUAUUUGAUACUAUAAAGGAACGAAUGUUGACUUUUCAAGAAGGACAUACAAAGUCAACACCAAGAAGUGUCAUAGAGGCAACGAGGAAUGCUGAAAGAUUCUGUUUUUUGAAUGCAGAACGAGUUCAUUCAAUGUUUUUAAAUGCACUUGUGGAAUCUGAAUCGGAUUUACCUGUUGCUUUCAUCUUGUUGAGAUCGAUUUUGGACGAAAAGAUAAUCAAAUCUCCAUAUAAAUCAUCAAUAGGAAUUCAUGCAGAUUAUCCAUCUAUGGAGCAGAAACAAGAGGGAAAAAUGGAUAUUGUCUUUCCUCCAGAAUUUAAACGUUCGAAACAUGCAUUGUGGACUAUUAGGAAAAAAAAUACAAAGGAAAUGGAAUCGGAAAAGAAAAAGCCCUCAACAGAAGAAAAGAAUUCCAAGUCUGCAACAUCUUCAACAUCCAAACCAGCUGAAGCACCAUCGUCUUCUGGAAAAUCGUCAGAAAAGGAGGAAAGGGAAGAAUCUCUAUUCCUUCCAUUGGGUGGGCAUGAAAGUUCCAUAGACUCACCAAAAAUUAUAGAAAAAACGAGUAAUAGCACCACUACCAAUAAUACUAAGAAUAUUUCUCAACCAAUAAUUCCAACAUUUACUCACAGUUUAAUAUCAAUAGGAAAAUCAGUGAGAGUUUUAUAUUCAAUGGAUACUAGUAAGAAUAAUUCAAUCAAUUUAACGAUAUCAAUUAAGGAAUAUGAUGAAGCUAUCAAGGCAACAGAGAAACAGACGAGAAACAUCACUCUAACUGAUAAUAGAGUUAAGGAAUUGUGGAUUUUGGACUAUGCAUUUGGAUUGAGCUAUUCUGGAGGAAUUGCGGGAAUACCCUCGUCUCAGUACUUUAAUUCUGGACUAUCUGUGGUUUUGGAUAAAAGUUUACAGCCAAUGUUGGAACAGAUAAGGACUAAAAUCAAUAUCCCUUGCGUACCCUUCUCAGAGAGUAUUCUCAAGAAGGAUGUCAAAUCUCCUCAACAAUUGUCCAGACUAUGUGAGGAAAUGGUCACCGACUCAUCAGAUGCACCAUCGACCAAUACCACAAGUGCAAGCAGUACAAUGACUGAUAACACGACAGAUAAUUGUCCACCUGUAAAUAAUAUUGAAUCCUCUUCCUCCUUCAUUAUUCCACCAACAACUAGUAUUAUCCCUCCUGUAAAUAAGAGUAAAUCAAGCGAAGAACAACAACCUAAGACAAACUCUCAAGAGUUUACUAAUCACUUCACACUUCCCGAUGAUGGCAAAAUAGAUUUGAAUAAGUGUGAUAUUAGCAUAACUUAUGCUCCAUGGGAAGAGGCAUCUAGUCCAGUUGGUAGCAAUAAUGAUGCAUAUUCUGAUAGCCACUCUGUCUUUUUCGAUGAUGACGAUCAUGAAUUAUAUAUUAAUAGGAAGAGAAAGAAUAUGGAAGACCCUUCGAGCAGCGAUGAGGAGGAGGAGGAUGAGAAUGAUGAAACGUCAAAGAAAGGAAAAAUUAAUGAGCCAGAAGAAGAGUUAGAACCUCAUCAUAUUACUGUACUUAAACGAUUAUUACAGUUCCAGUUGAUUCGAGAAGAAGAUUACGAUAACAAACUCAAAUUUUUCCAAGCCAUCAAUGAAUAUAGAUCAGGAUCUCUUCAAUCCCUCCAAAAAAUCAUCAAUUCCGAAAUGGAGAGCCUGAACAAUUUUACAGAGUAUGAAAACUUUAUUUGUCCUCUGUCUAAGAAAUUCAUUUUGGAUCCUGUUCUGGCUACAGAUGGAUUACUCUAUGAUAGAACGGCACUCUCUCAAUGGAUGAUAACCUUCUCCUCUGUUUCAUUGCUUGGUGGCUGUAGAGUGACAUCCUUUACAAAUAUGCCAUCUGCUGUUGAGGAAAUUAAUAGAAUUCUCUCCAAAAAAAUUGGACAUUGUAUUGAAUUUAUUGAGCAAAUUGUCGAACAAAAAGUUUAUUGCAUUGAUUUAAUUCCUUUAAUAGAUCAAGUUGUAUAUUAUGAUUCUACCCUCAAACGGUAUAGACGAAAAUUGUUGGAUUUUAAGGAAAAAAUUAUCUAUCAAAAUAUUUCAACUAUUGCAAAUGGUCAGGAUAGAUAUUUUGAUUGUGGAAAGGAAAUUUUAGAGUUGGAAACUGAAAAGAAUGUAAGAAUUCAAUAUUCAAUAUCCAUGUUGGAGAAGAACCCAAACCCUGACUAUUACACAUACUUCUCCCAUGUUAUUUAUGAGUGUUGCAACCGUUCUAUCAAUGAAUUGAAACAGGUUCCAAAUUUGUCAACACAAAUUCUCAACAAUAUUCUGACUGUUCUAUUUCUCAAAAGAGAGUUUAAUCAUCCUCAAUUCUUUAGUUCUGUAAAUAUUGAUCUUUUCACUCAACCGACAGCUAAUCAUUGGAUGCACAUGCUAAUACUCCUCUCUCAAACUGAGGCAGAGAUUCUUGCAUCAAAUCAUCAGUAA